CGACAAAAAAAAGGCUUUGUAGAAUCUUCACCGGGAAAAAGAAUCUAACGAAGGCACGAACCAAAUGGAUCAGCCUCGUUGCACCAGACAAUUUGGUGCUCGGCAACAUGUGAACGAGAUCCAAUGUCGACUCGAGGAGCGCUCGUCGCUAGGUGUAGAAUCGUGGAACUAGUUCCACAAGCACUCUGAUCUGUACCGAGCAGUGUAGCUUCUUGCCGUACUCUGCGAGUCCGCCGGCCAGGUGUGGACCGGUUUGCAGCCCUACACGUUGCAGCGGGUUCAUGAUCUCCGCAGUCGACAGCUGCACGACGCCGUAAAGUUUUGCUAUGGCAUCUAGCUCAUCGCUUCCGUGCAAGUUCUGGGCUGCUCUCAUCCUCAGUGAAUCUGCCGCGAACAGGCAGAGGGCUUGGUUGGGUGCUGCGUUCCGGUGACGCCUGUUCGAUUAUCACCAUUGCCUGAGAACUACUCUCUUUGACUCGACCCGACGGAUGGCUUGGAGCAGGACGGGCUUCUUCGUUCCCACGUUCGCUAGUGCCUUCCAUAGCAUGCGGCUGCCUUUUUUCCACGAAGGCAAACCAGCGCCUUCCUCAAAUGUUGGACGAUCGCGCACACUCUCAAGCACGCUCCUUCUCCUUCUCGCCUUCCCUCCUUCUCUCGCGUCUCUCCAUGCAUCAGCCGAGCACGGCUUUCCGUCUUCUUCUUCUUCUUCUUCUUCUUCUUCUUCUUCUUCUUCUUCUUCUUCUUCUUCUUCUCUCUCUCGCCCGCUCAAAUCAUCUGGAGCUGUCGGCAUCACAGAUCCGAGCGACCCAUCCUCCUUCUUCUGGUUUCCAUACGUUCGUUGUCUCGAAAUGAGACGUUCUCUAGCAGCACUGUUCUGCUCAGCCAGUGCUCUGACUCUGGCUGCGAAGCAAGGCGGAGAAGCCAAGUUUGUUGUCACCCAGACCGCCUACGCCACGACUUGGACCACCGUCGUGUCAUGUCCAUCCGGCAAGACCGAUUGCCCCCUGCACCACAUGACAACGUCUAGUUCAUGCAUCACGCAAUCGGGUGUUGUCACUGUGACGCAGAGACCCCAUAGCUCUGCAUCCAUCGCAGCAUCAACGGUCACCAACGAGGCCAUCGACCUACAGAACCCGAGUGGCACAAAGACGGGCACUACCGUCGUGCCGGCAAGUGCGACAGAAAGCAAACCUGCCCCUUCUCCCUCUGGCGUCGAAGCAACACUCGAGCAGGGAGCCGGAGCCGGAGCAGGAGCAGGUCCAACCAGCUCUAUUCCGUCAAGUGCAGGUGCGACUGAGAGGUCUUCUCAAAUACCGGAUGCUUUCUCGUCUUCCACUGAUGCUGCGUCAUCCUUUCGUCCAGCCAGCAACUCCCCACUGGGUGUGACUCUUGGUCAGAAUACAGCACUACUAGGUGCUAGCGACGCGUCAACAAAGGCGAGUAGUCUCAGUGCACUGGGACCGGACACACGUCCAUCGGAACCUGCUGGUUCUAUUCGUUCCAGCUCUUCUUCGAAAAUAGCAACUUCCAGAACUACUUCCUCUACUAGUCGCCUUUCAACUUUUGCACGGACAAGAACAUCGGCUACAGAGAGCCCAAACAAUGUUGCGCCUGUAACCAUAGGGUCUCUUAGAAGUGGUUCCGAAACGGUGAGCGUGACAAGUUCUCGUUUCCCUGGCUCUAUUUUCCAGCCGGGGCUAGGCAGUUUCGCUUCUUCUCCGUCAAGCAUCGCGCAGGGUGGUACUGCAAUUGAGCCAAACGAUGGUGUUGGUGAUCGCUCGCUCAGCUUUAGCCCAAGUCACGUUGACUCGCAACAACCAAGUUCAGUAUCAGCUUCGGACGCUGCCGCUUCUUCUUCUUCUACUCAUCCUUUGGGAUCUUGGUCAAACGCCCCUGCUGCUAGUCCUACGACCAGUGCCUUGGGAGCUCCAUCGAUAACACCGUCUACAUUUGCCAGCGUACCAAGCUUGUCAGAAAAUCCAAGUGUACCAUGGGAUACAAUCUAUAUGCCGUCAAAUUUUUGGAACCGUACUCAGGCUCAAACGAUUGGCUGUCCUCAAGGACGAGCUUGCUGUAUCAGUCUUCCAGCGUCAACUUAUACGUCGCCCCAGAUAAUAUCUUAUACACCCCUCAGCACCUACGUUUGGUCACUAACGGGAAAAGGUGAUUUUAAAAGUGCUACCACUUGGCAGCUUCCGAAUGAAGCUGGUGGCAAGUAUACGAUGUGCUCCUACCAAAGCAAGCAAAUGAUGGUUCCGAAGCCAACGGUAAUCACCAUUCCACCAAAGACACUGACUGCUUUAGCUUUUCGUCCCAUCUGUAGUCAACUGCAGGAAACACCAACGACAUGGACGAUCGAUCCUUGCUCUGUGCAAGUUUAUUUACCGCCCCGCAUCACUGCAUCUCUGCAAAAGGGUGAAGUGUGGCAAAACCCCAUGCACAUGAAAGGAAGUCCAUCGGGUGAUCCAUCCGAAGUUUCCGUCGGUGUAUGUGAUCCCUCGUCAAAAUGGAUCAUUCAGCCUCAACCAACGCAAUCUGUUCGGUGCUCUGCUGUGCCUGUUACUCUAAUUCCUAAUGCAGAUGUCGGUUGCAGUAAGUCUUCACGUGGAUGGCUUGCGCAGCUGAUAUUGAUGGUAGUAGCUCAGGGUAACGAAGGUUGUAUUGGUAUGCCUCCACCAAACGAUGCUGGAGAUGAAGGAGACUCAAAUCUGGACAUUGAAACCAUCUUUGGAUCCUGUAAACCGAAAGGUUCUUCCAAUAACGUUGGGCCGUUCUUAUCUUCCUUGGAUUGCACAUGUGGGAUAUUUGGCUGUGACGGUGGCUGUGGAAAGGAUGGCUGCGGAGGUCCAUGUGGUAUCAUUGACCAGACUCCUGUAAUAGGAGGAUUUUUUCACGGCGUUCUUUGCCCACCCAAGUGUUUCCCGCCUUGCGGCCUUGGAGGCAGUGGAGUAUGGCCAACGGAGGAUCCUACAAAGCCACAUCCGUCGUCAAAUCCGUCCAGCAACCCGUCGCCAUCAACAAAAAUGUCUAUAUCACGUGGAACAAAGUCGCCCAGCUCGACGGAAGUAACUUCGUCCUCUUCUUCAUCAAGCUGUUCGGAGUCUACUGCAUAUAUCACAUAUGUUUCGUGCUCAACUAACACACAAACAACAUCCUGCUCGACCUUGAGCUCUCGGACAACGAGUGGCUGUUCUGUACGCGGAAGUGUGACCACCGAAUGGUGUUCCAUCUCAACAGUCACUGAGCGUACCGUGUAUUGUGCGCAAUCUUCUUUGUCCGGCAGCUGCGUCUCAACUAGCGCGGUCAGUUCAACUAUAGUGUCUGGAUGCGACGUCUCAGCGACGGAAACGACUUCCUACGUCUCCGCAUGCCCAACGCAACUUGAUGGCCUACCUCAAGAUCCACAAGAAGUUGGAGAUGAAUUUGAUGAAAUUCCGCCAACAUUUGGUGGUCCUGAUCCCAUAUGUGAUGAUUCCAGCGUUACCGAUGCCAGCGUACCUUUUGACACAAUUCUCAAGCCGCAAAUCGAGAACUUUUGCAAAAAUCCGGGGGAAGGCAUGCUUCUCGAUCCGGUAGCGGAUGAGAAUUGGAAUUCAACUUCAACCCUGUACGCUUGGUGGUCAUACCAAUGCCUCUUUGGCAAUAAUGAAACUUCGCAGGACGUCCUUGAAUUAGUUGUUGUCGCGAAUCCCACAUGUACAUUGUCAAAAUUUACAGAACUCGACUGCAAACUUCAGCUCACCAAGGUUUCAGACAAAUGCUUCGCUGCUGAUGGUUCAAGUGAAAAUAGUAGAAUCUCCGGAAACGUUUAUGAUCAGAAUUGCUUCGGCUAUGGAUAUAACGUGUAUAAGCUGAUAUCAGCGGGUGAUCAGCUCCCCCCUAAUUGUAUAUCAUCUUCUGUAUCUUCAACCAUGGUCACAUCUUCUAUCAGACCUCCAUCCUCUACAACAACCGUUCCAUCUGUUGUGACCACGCCUACUCCAGUGUCUACGCCGUCGCCACUCAUACCUGUAACUCCUCAUUGGUCUAAGCCGGUGUUCGAGGAACUCAACAUUUCCUUUGUGUACCAAUGGACGAAAUCAAACUACAAUAAAAACGCAGGUUCUGGCAUGGCACAGCUCUACGUUUAUAAUCUCUAUGACGGGCACGGGCCUACGCUGGAACACUGUGAUUUCUUCAAUGCCAAGCCAGGGGAUGCAUUCGGCUUCAUAGAACAGCCCCUAGAUCAAACUUCAUCUUGGAAGAAGAAAUGGACACUCAAGUACUACAUUGAUGUUGUUUGGCUGGGGGACCCGCCUCGACCCCAGCCCGACUAUAUGCCAAAUAAGCUACCAGGAAACAAGUUAUUGUCUUGGGACAAGCACGCAUGCAUCAAAGAAUGUCAACUGGUGAAGCGUGGGACCGGCCCUGCAGGCGAACUGUGGGGCGUUGAAUGCAAGAACCCAGCCAAGGAGUGUGGUGAUCAGCCAAGCAACGGUAUGAAUGUGUGGAGAUACGGAUGUGGCUACCAUAAUAGGGAGAGAAUGGACUGCGGCUCCGAUCACGAGAACUACUUCUCCCCAGUUCUACUCUGCUCUGGUCUUGAUCAGCGAUCGGGUUGGACUAAAGUGUGAACGAAAGGGUGCAAAAAGGGUUGCUGUCCGAGAGGAUAAGGGCGAUAAGAGAAGGUCGUUUUCAUUCGUAGCUCCACAAUUUAAACCUUUGACAGAC